AAAAGAAUAGGAAGUCGAAAGUCUUUGAUACGAAAUCAAAGCCAAAUUUAAGUUGGAACUAUUUUAUUUGGAGUAUCCACCAACAUUUUGAAAUAACUGAAAGCAGUGUGUGUUUAAAUUCAACGAACAGUUGCACACGCAGCAAAAUCAUCGCAAACCUUUACCGCUCAGUCACAGGCAAGCUUGACAGAGACAUCGAGAACCAGGAAGACGUCGACGACGCUAGCACAGACAGCCAACAAAUAUAGCAAAAUGAUUAAACUUUUCUCGCUUAAGCAACAAAAGAAAGAAGGCGAACAAAGUGCGCGCGGUGGCCAACAAAAAAAGGCAUCUGCUGCUCAGCUGCGCAUACAAAAAGAUAUUAAUGAAUUAAACCUGCCAAAAACUUGCGCCACUGAGUUUCCGGAUCCUGAUGAUUUGCUCAACUUUAAGUUGAUCAUAUGUCCAGAUGAAGGCUUCUACAGAGAUGGUCGCUUCAUAUUCAACUUCCGCGUAGGUUCCAACUAUCCACACGAGCCGCCAAAAGUGAAGUGUGCCACACAAGUCUACCAUCCUAACAUCGAUUUGGAAGGCAAUGUUUGCUUGAAUAUAUUGCGUGAGGACUGGAAUCCGGUGCUGACCAUUAGUUCGAUUGUAUAUGGAUUACAGUUUCUUUUCUUGGAACCCAAUCCGGAAGACCCGCUCAAUAAGGAGGCUGCGGAUGUACUACAAUGCAAUCGUCGUCAGUUCGAGGUUAACGUAAAGAAGGCAAUGCGCGGCGGCUAUGUGGGCGAGACCUACUUUGAAUGCUGCCUCAUCAAGUGAUAUAGGAAAUCAAAAGUCUUUAAUUUAAGGAACGGCAUCUACCUGCUUGCCUUGAUUUUAGGUUAUAGCGGUUGUCGCACUUUGAUUAGUUUUAAUUACUUGAUAUGUUAACGCAGACAAGCAAGCAUAACAAUAACACCACCAUUCACAUAUGAUAGCGAGUCUAGCGUUCGGCAGCCGGGCAGAAUGAUGAAAACACCUUCAGCAACAUCCAGGAUUAAUGAAUAAAAUUACUGUAAUAAACACAACUGCGACCUAUAAAAAGCGAAUAAUGCCACCACCAAUUAA